AUGGCGACAGCGAGUCCCAAGAAGUUGCCAGCUGCUGCGCUCGUCUCACAACCACCACAACCAGAAUCCCAAUCCCAAUCCCAAUCACCAAACCGAGAAACAAACACAGACCUAGACCUCCAACGAAUCCCCCAGCAACAGAAGCAACCGCAAGCGCGUCUCCCGAUAAAAACCUACCACUGCGCCUUCUGCAACCACCUCCUCCUCGCCUCAACCCGCGAUCUCGCCAGCUUGCCCUGCCGCCGCGAGCCAGCGCGAGAUCACGCAUUGAUAUUACCGCUUCCGAAAGCCGUCCCGGAAGAAGAGGAAGAGGAAGAGGAAGAGGAAGAAGAGGUGGAGGGGUGUGAUAAAGAGGGUGCUGAACACGAAAGUGAAAAUGAAAAUGAAAAUAAAGCCGCACCCGGGGAUGCCAGCAACUCCCAGAACGAGAAGAACGAAAAGUCGAAAACGAUGUCUGGUUCAAAACAACAACAGCAACAGCAGAAACACUACACCAUCCUCCUCUCAACAACGAUACCAGACCGCCAGCCAACCAUGAUCCGGCGUGAAGAUGGGUUUGAGAAGAGGUUGCCGCUGCGCUGUGGACGGUGUCGGGUGGUUAUGGGAUAUGCGUUGGACGAGGUGCAUUUUGCGGAUAAUAAAGUUGGUGUUAUUGCAAGUAGUGGGAAUGGGGACGAGGAUGGGGAAGAGAAGGAACGGAAGAGACGGAGGAAGAAGGCGGAGAAGGUUGUUUAUAUCUUACCCGGUUCCUUGGUGGAGACAGAGGAGAUGGGGAAGGGGGAGAAUAUGGUUCAGCGGGCGGAGUGGACGUGUUGGGAGAAGGGGAAGAAGUGA